AAUUUUACCUAGCUCAAUUUGUAGCGAAGCCCUGCUGAAAUCGCGAGAGCACUUCGUCUUCCGAGCUGACGGUUGCAGAGAUCGUGAUAUUUGCUAGCAUUUUCUCAAGUGUUAGACUUCGUCGCAGAAAACCAGUGAAGACUGAUAGCAAAGAUGUCGUCUGAAGGAACACUAAGUGUUGGAGGAGAAGAAGGGGUGAGGGACGUGACUUCGAGCUCCGUCUCGACUUCGAGCUCGAGUGGGGGAAGUGGGGGUGGGACCCCAGUUAGUGGGGGAAAUGGGGGUCAAGAGGGUAGCCUUGUCCCAACCAACAUUUUAAAGGUUGGUGACAAUCGGGGAAGGUGUUAUGACGAGAGUGACGAGGUGGUGGGGUAUGAGUCGUGCUGGAGGUGCAAGGGGGAGCUGGGGCACUUAGUGGAGAACUAUAGUAUCCCACCCUAUGUGCUGGACGAGGUUAAGAGGUUGGAAAGGGAUGGGGGGGAGAUGGCGAACAUAAUGUACCUCACCAAUCCAGAGGUGGUGGAGUCGUCUGGAAUCUAUGGGAGGAGCUCGCUGAGCAGAGAAGAGAUGAAUCGUUUGAGAGCUGGGGGCAAACCAGUGCGACUUCCGGAGAAGAGGUCAAGGGCCUCAGCCCCGGGUGCUCAAGAGGAGCGAGUUGGGGGUGAGGUAUCAAGGCCUCGAGCUGAGGUGGGGCCCAGCUCUGAGCCCAGGAGGGGUAUAACUGAGGAGGUCAUCGCCCGAAAGAGGCCAAGGGUGGAGGAGGUGCAGCCUCUGCAGAUUGAGGCCCCGGUCGAGUUCGUACCUCGGCCAGCCCUAGUGCAGAUCAACCCGGAACUUCAGGUAACUGAGGUGGUGGUGCUUGGCAGGGGGAAGAGCUCCGUUCCCUACUCCAGGCAGGUGGCCAGCUUCUACGAUUCGGGGAGGACGGCUGCAAAGCGCUUCAUUGGCGCCCACUUCCCCGAGGUGGACCUGCAGAGUGCAAAGGAUGAGGUGGCUGCCAAUGGGGGGUUUGGGGUAGUUCGGCAGGCCCUGGAGACCGCAAAUUUGGUGAAUGCAAUGGCGGUUGAGUUCUUUAACUGCCUCCAAGAGCAGAUUGCCUUGGUGAAAAAGAACGAAGAGCUCAGCCGCCAGAAGGAGGAGGCGAAGAAGAACUUCAGUGAACUGACCUCGGAGUUGGAGAGGGUCAGGGAGGACUUGAGGUCAUUGAAGGCAGUUUGGCACUUUGAGGUCCAUUCAAACUUCUUGGACUUCCCUGCCUCGUCUUUAUGGGCGACGGAUCUCAGGAUUUUGAAGAACGGCAGGCAUUUUUCUACAGACUUCGAUACAAACCUGUGCAGAGCUGCGAUUCUCCCGGCUAAGCGCUGCACGUCCUUAAUUGACUUUGGGGGCUUCAUCUCUUCUAUCGCCUUGAUUUUCUCAGGGUUAACUUCGAUCCCUCUCCUGGAGACCAUGAACCCGAGGAAUUUGCCAGAUUCAACACCAAAGACACACUUGGCUGGGUUCAAUCUAAUGCGGUGUGUUCUGAGGUUGUUAAAUGUUUCUGCCAACUCGGAACACAAUCGUCACCAUCUUCUGGUAUGUGGCCCCGGCGUUCUUGAGCCUGAACGGCAUCAUUACAUAGUAGUAGAUCUCGUCGCCUGCGUAGAAAGAGGUCUUCACCUCGUCUUUGAGGGCCAAGUGGACCUGGCGUCUUUUCUGGGCUACGAGCUUCUUCAAGGGAAAGUCAAUGAGCUCUACCCGGUCUUUGGAGCUCAGCUUGGUGCCGAUCUUUGUCUUUUUAGUGGGAUCAUUGUCGUCAAGCCGCACCUCCUCCACCUCUUCUGCCGGAGUGGCUCUAGCUUCGCCUUUAGGUCGGGAGACCAAAGUCAUGUAGCAGUGCCGGGCUAUCUCUUGAUUUCCCCUCAACGUCGCCACGCCCGUGGGGGUGGGAAAUUUCAGGCAGAGAAGGGCAAGUUCGAGGCCAAGGCUUUCGAAGCAGUGAUAGUACAUGAUGUCCAGAGCACUUCUUGUGUCUACAAGGACGCGCUGAACUUCGCAAUUAUUGACUAUGACCGAGGUGACCAGCGGAUCAUUGUGUGUGUGACAACACCAUCAAAAUCAGCGGAACUGAAUGUUAUGGAGGGAGUGGAGGUGGUGCUUGUUGAUAUCCAACUCCAAGUCGGUUGUUUGCAUCUCGAGAUGACUGAGCUAAACCCUCAAGCUCGGACUUCAAGCUGUUGCAUUCCUCCAUGGUGUGCCCGUGAUCCUAGUGGAAAUCACAAUAUCUGCUCUGAUCUCUUGAGGCGGGUUAAACGGAGUCCAAGCAACUUGCUUUGCCAUAGGCUGUGGGGUAGGUACUGGAGGUCUGUCCAGCUUAGACAGGGCAUAUUCCUCAGCUUGGAUAAAUUUCUAGGAUCUUUCAUUGGCUUCAUCAAACGUGGAAGGGGCGUGCUUUAUGAGGCUAUCUCGAAACCUCUCAUGCUUGAGGCCUUGGGGCAGAACUUAGCUGAACCGGGAUUUGGGGGCUUCGAUUGUCGGGCACCACUUGUUCUAAGUGUGGUUGGUUGGGAAGAUCUGAGACAGCCGGUUGGGAUGGUUGCCGAGGUUGAGGGGGUGGUGCAGGGUAGGAUGUGGGGUUCUCGCGGAGGAGCUGAUCUCUUCCGUGCCCUUGCUGGGGACUUCCGUGACGGCGCCAAUGUAGUUGCAGAAAACUGGGAGGUACUCCGAAUCUCAAGUCUUCACUUCGGCUAUCCUGCAAGGCCCCAAGGUUGGUUCUCGGGGCCUUCAGGGGGAUGUACACGUGUCGAUCCCUCCGAGAAACCCAGGCAACACGUGUCAAACAUCACAGGAGCUUCACAUGAGGGGUUUGCUUGUGUACGAAACUACUGUGGAGUGGGAGCAGAGGGGACGAGCUUGAGCCCGACAGAGCUCGUCGUCCUACGAUCGAAUCGAGGUGACUAGAUGUCGGGAGCCGCUCCAGGUGUCCGAGGUUGCGUAUCUUGGGCAGCUACGAAGUACGCGACUUCGGACUGGCAACAUGCUUCAUCUCAUGACCUCUGAUUGUCUACGUACCUAUGAUACCUCAUGACCUCUGUCAACCCACAUACCUCUGAUACCUCAUGACCUCUAUCAUACCACAUACCUCUGAUACCUCAUGACCUCUGUCUACCACCACUACAGUCUCCAUGCAGUGAGCUUAGUUUGAAAAGGACCUCAUGGCUACCGAACAACAAGCUCUGGUCUAUAUUGGGCAGUAAAACUCUAGAAAAAUUUAGCCAAACAUAGUUUGUGUUCAGUGGAUUCCCAACAAGUAGCUAUAUAGUUGAGGUUUCAGUCCUUGUGGUUGCUUGAUUUUGUCUAUGAUUCCUUUGUUAUUUUUUGUUGAUUCGGUUGAAAGAGAAAAUGUGUACUAUUAAUGGAGAUGAUUACAAAGUUUUUCUUCUUUGUUCUUUUUUGUUCUUUUCCUUGUGUACUAUUAAUGAAGAUGGUUACAUAGUUUUUCUCCCUUCUUCUUUUUUGUUAUUUUCCUUCUUUCCCUUCUCUAUUUUCCCUUUUCAAUUUUGAGCAAUCGUUUUAGUGGGUUCUUCAAUUUGAAUAAAAAACGUGAAUUUUA